AUGACGAAAUUCCUUUUAGUUGCAACCUUUGCCUUAUUUACUAUUGUUGCCGCUGAUGUUUCACAUUUAGCUGGUCAAGAUGGUUAUAAUUAUCCACAUGUUGUAGAAGAACAUCAUCAUCAUGAAGAAGUACCAACUGCUAUACAAGAAUCAUCAGAAUAUUUACCACCAGUUCAAGAUGCUAUUGUAUCAGCACCAGCUCCAGCAGCACCAAUUGUAGAAGAAAUUGCACCAUCUAGUGAAUAUUUACCACCACAAGAAGCUGGAGAACAAAUUGAUUCUGUAGCUGAAGCAGAACCAGCUCAUAUUUUAGCUGAUGAUGGUUAUCGUUAUAAAACUGUUAAGAAAUACAGAUAUAGAUAUAAAUAUUAA